AUGGCUACCGCCCAGGGACAGGACAUUAUUCGCUGUCGAUUGUGUUCCAAUCCUGUGGAGCAUCACUGUAAUCUAUGUCACGUGGAUCUAUGCCUCUCAUGCAUACCAAAACAUAUGGCUGACAAAUCAAGAAGACAUGAAGUUGUAGAAUACACUUUCAGAAAAGAACACACAGUUAUUCUUCCAUUAUGUCUUACACACAAGAAAUACCAAUGUGAGACGUAUUGCAUACACUGUCAAAUACCAAUAUGUAUUCAGUGUCUAAUGGGUUCGCACAAAAAGCAUGAAUUUACCGAUAUCAGUCAUAUUCUUCAAGAACAUAAACAGCAAAUUAAAUCUGACAUAGAAGAAUUGGAAAAUGUUAUUUCUCCAAGAUACCGAAAAAUCGAUCUAACUACAACCACUGCAGUGUUUGAUGAAGUUCUGUCUGCAAUAGAAGAACAAGAGGAUAAAAUUUGUAAAGCUGUGCAUGAAGCUGGUAGUAGUCUCAAGAAUGAGGUGACAAAUAAGAAGAAUGAAGCCAUAAGAAAAUGCAAGGAAAAACAGUCUUUGGUUGAGAAAGAAAUUGAUCAGAUCAUUCAGAAUAACAAUGAUAUCCUUAAAGAAAAUGAAGCAACAACCAUUAUUAACUACCAAUCAAAAAAUUGCAAUUUCAGAAAAGGCCCAAACUUGCCAAAGGUUUCUUGUCAACAGUUUCUUCCUGGCAUUAUCAAACAGGAUCAAAUAACUGGAAUGAUAGGUUUUCUUAAUACGGUCACUGAUCCAGUCAGGCAGCUGGGAAUGCUUAAGAUGAUGGAUGAUCCAAAAGAAGUUAGCACAAUACGAACUCCUUAUGGACUUUUAUAUGAGCUGUGGAGAGUGCAGUGUGUGGGGAACGAUACGAUCUUAAUAAAUGGAGAUGACAAAACAAUCAAGCAAAUAGAUAAGACAGGAUGUGUUUUAAAUACAAUUCAUACAUAUGAUAAUGUGUGGGCAUUAACCAUUAAUUCACAAAUGGAACCAGUGUUUUCUUUAAGUAAUUCUCGUCAAACAAAUACAGAUGUAUAUAUUUAUAAAAGUGGCAAAGUUGAUAUUUUACUCAGCACACUUAACUGGACUCCUGUUGGUCUAUAUCAUUCGGGUAAUGCGGAUCUACUGGUGAGUAUGCGAUCUACCGAUUGGACGCAGAGUAAAGUGGUGAGAUAUUCAGGGGCCACGAAGAUUCAGACGAUUCAGUAUGACAGUCAGAAACAACCUCUGUUUUCUACUGGUGGUAAGACUGUUCUUCCACUGACUGAGAAUGGAAAUGGAGAUAUUUGUGUUGCUGACUGUUCUAAGAUGGCAGUUGUUGUGGUGGAUUUCUCUGGGAGAUUAAGAUUCAUGUAUACAGGCAACCUCUUGAAACAAUCAAAAUACACAGAGUUUCAACCAAUGCAUAUUGCUGCUGACGCGAAUACUCAAAUACUGAUAAAUGACAACUCAAACAACAUUCUCCAUAUUAUUGAUUGUGAUGGUAACUUUGUCUGUUAUAUAGAUUAUGCAUGUGAUGGUGGACUAAGUAUUGACAUUGAUCACAAUCUUGUGAUUGGAAAUGAUAAGACUGGAAAUAUCCAAAUUAUCAAAUAUUUAGAGUGA